CUUCUCUCUCUCACUCUCUCACAUUCACUCUCUUUCUCUUCAAUAAUGGUCGUCGUCAAGAACAUUUGCUGCAUUGGUGCCGGUUAUGUCGGUGGUCCCACCUGUGCUGUCAUUGCCUACAAGUGCCAUGAUAUCAAGGUCACCAUUGUCGACAUCAACCCUGAGCGUAUCGCCGCCUGGAACUCUAGCAAAUUGCCCAUCUAUGAGCCCGGACUUGACGAGAUUGUGUUUGAGCGCAGAGGCAAGAACUUGUUCUUCUCCACUGACGUCGAUGCCACCAUCCAAGAGGCCGACCUUAUCUUCGUCUCCGUAAACACACCCACCAAGAAGACUGGUCUUGGUGCUGGUAUGGCUGCUGAUCUUGCUUACAUCGAGAGUGCCACCAGACGUAUUGCCGAAGUUGCCACCAGCCCCAAGAUUGUGGUUGAAAAGUCUACUGUGCCCUGUCGUACUGCCCAGAGCAUGCGCACCAUCCUCGAGGCCAACUCCACCAAUGAGAUCCAUUUCGAUAUCCUCUCCAACCCCGAAUUCUUGGCUGAGGGUACUGCCAUCAAGGAUCUCUUGAGCCCUGACCGUGUUCUCAUUGGUGCUCUCCAGACCAAGGAAGGUUUGGCUGCCCAGGAGGCUCUCGUGAAUGUCUAUACCAACUGGGUCCCCAAGGAGCGUGUCAUCACCACCAACCUGUGGUCCUCAGAGCUCACCAAGUUGGCUGCCAAUGCUCUCUUGGCUCAGCGUAUCUCUUCCAUCAACGCCUUGUCUGCUAUCUGUGAGGCUACCGGCGCUGAUGUCGAUGAGGUUGCCUAUGCUUGUGGUCUUGAUAGCCGUCUUGGCCCCAAGUUCCUCAAGGCCUCAGUCGGCUUUGGUGGUUCUUGCUUCCAGAAGGAUAUCCUCAACCUUGUCUACCUCUCUCACCAGCUCAACCUUCCCGAGGUUGCUGACUACUGGAAGCAGGUCGUGACCAUGAACGAAUACCAGAAGAAGCGUUUCGUACGCACAAUCAUUUCCACCCUUUUCAACACCAUCACCAACAAGAAGAUCGCCGUUCUCGGCUUUGCCUUCAAGAAGGACACUGGCGAUACCCGUGAAUCUGCUGCCAUUACUCUUAUUAAGGACUUUAUUGAUGAACGUGCCCAGGUUGCCAUUUAUGAUCCCAAGGUCUCUUCUGAGCAGAUCUUCAUGGAUCUGUGCGAGCCCGGUGUUGUUGAUACCCGCAAGCAGGUCGAGAAGCAGAUCCAGAUUUGUUCAAGUGCUUAUGAGGCAGCAAAGGAUGCCGAUGCUGUUGUCAUCGUAACCGAGUGGGACGAGUUCCGUGACGAUCAGCUCGACUAUGAGCGUAUCUACAAGAACAUGCACAAGCCCGCCUUCCUGUUUGAUGGUCGUCUGUUGGUCGAUGCUGCUAAGCUCCGCAAGAUCGGUUUCAAGGUCAAUGUGAUUGGCAAGAACGAGCUUGCUGGAACUGCCUAAGCCAAAACAGAUAAACUCCGUCCUUUCCCCCGUUCCCAGAAAAAAAAACCAAAAAAAAAAAACACGCACAGAGAGAAAUGAUUUGCCCAUCAUUCAAACAUCAUCAACCCUUCUUCCUUUUUGUUAAAUUUUUUUUUCUUGUUGUGUAUUUAUUUCUCAUCAAUUCCUUAUUUCUCGACUUCAAAUGUCACCAUUCCACAAGCUCAAAAACACACAUCAAACGACGAAAAGUCCUAUAUAUUUCUUCUUUUUUUCUCUUAUCUCCCAAACCUUGUUAUUCAAAUCUUGGAAUAAAAAUAUCAAUUAAAGCAUCCGAGUUC